UAUUGUCGACAUACGCCCAUUUUUCAUUUGCACGUCUGGUCGUGGGUGGAUCACACAUCGAUUGGAGCGGUCUGUGCAUGCUUGUUCUGGAUGGUGCCUGGCGCGUCAAGACGGAGGCAGAGCAGUGCGGCAGCCCUCCUGCUGGAGCACCGCGGCAUGGACGCAGCUUGGCGGGACAAGGACAGGAUGACGCGGACGGGUUGGAGGCUGAGGAGCCGUGGCUGCACAUCGACGCCACCUUCUCGCUCGCCUCUGGAGUCGGCCACGCCAAGCAGGACUCCGCGGCCAGCGGCACGGCUGGGGACGGAGGGGCGGACCGCGCUGUGGCCUCGCAGUGUGCGGAGCGUGGAGCAGCCUUGGAUGCCGAGGCGGGCCUGGAGAAGCACCUCGCAGCGCGCGGCAAGCGGCACGCCUGCCAACACUGCGGCAAGGAGUUCCAGUGGGCGUCCCAUCUUGAAAAGCACUCAAGGACCCACACCGGGGAGAAGCCUUUCCAGUGCAAAGUGUGUGGAAAGAAAUUUAUCCAAUCAGGUGAUUUGAAGAAGCAUGAAAGGAUCCACACCGGAGAGAAGCCUUUCGAGUGCAACGUAUGUGGAAAGAAAUUUGUGCAGUCAAGCGAUUUGAACAAGCAUGAAAGAAUCCACACUGGGGAGAAGACUUUCCAGUGUAAUGUGUGUGGGAAGAAAUUUAUCCAAUCAGGUGAUUUGACCAGGCAUGAAAGGAUUCACACUGGAGAAAAGCCUUUCGAGUGCAAUGUGUGUGCGAAGAGAUUUGCACAAUCAGGCGAUUUGACCAGGCACGAAAGGACCCAUUCUAGGUAGACGCCUUUUCAGUGCCAAUUGUUCGGAAAAUGCUUUUCCCGGAAGUCCCUACCCGUCAAGCAUGUCAAGACCCACACCGAUGAGAAGAGGCCUCUUAAUGUGGAAUAAGUGUUAGUCUGUGAGGACGUUCCACCGAGCGGCCCGCUUUGUAAGGCUCACUAAUUCAUACUAAGGAAAACCCUAUAUGGACAAAUAUUGUCGAUGUUCACCAUAGUAUUCAAGAAGCCAUGAGCUAGCGCCCCUAAAUCAUGUUUCAAGAUACUUAACGUUGAGCAAUUACUGUCGUUACCCUAGAAACAUAGUGGUGCUCUGCUUUAUCUGGUGACUUAAGUGUAACCAUCUACUGACAAAUUUUGACUAACUGUUAACAAAUGUCUGAUCGUGUGUGGUAUUGCCAUAUAAUGUUUUCAGUUCGUUAUAAAAAUAGUCCAGUCCGUGUACAUUUAGAGUGAAAAUUCUUAGUCUUCGCAGCUUAACUGCAGUUUCUACUCAUUCAAAACUUUAGCACUACAUGCUUGGGCUCUCUUAUAAAGAUCAUCUUUUUCCUCUACUUGGCCACACUGGUGAA